AUGGAUAGUGCAAUAGUCCCUCCUCUCCACCAGGGGGUGGGGCAGUGGGGCCCUGCCACCUUCACCCCCUGCCCGAGUCACGGAGACAGCUGGGGUGAGGGUGAAGUCGACGAGGAGGAGGGAUGCAACCAAGUGGCCCGUGACGUGCGGGCCGGGGCGUCGUCGGAACCUAGAAAGGACUCGCUACUCCAGCCAGACGGGGACGGGUCUCCCGCCCUGCCCGAUAAACGCAAGGGCAUUUUCUCGGCGGAUGCGGGCGGCAGAGCCCAAGCCCGGCGCUGGCCGGUCCGGGUCCUCUCAGUUCUCUGUUCGCUGCUGUUUGCCAUCCCCCUCGCCUUCCUUCUCACCAUCAUCUACCUGAUCGUAGAAGAGUUACAUGCUGAAAAUUUGAAGAACGAAGAUGAUGUACACACUGGACUGUUAGGAAUGUUUCCUCCUACUCCUCUUUCACCUGCCAGGUUCAAGAAACUGACUGGACAUUCUUUCCACAUGGGCUAUAAUAUGGCAAUUUGGGAUCCUAACCACAGUCCAAGCUAUUUCCAGCCUCCAUUUGCAGACCCAGUGGUCUGUUUCCUCACAGAGGGUAGAGCAUUGUUAGAGCUAGAUCGCAUGGGAGUUGAACACAAAGAUGCCACGAGUCAUUUCCAGUAG